CCUCCCUGUCGGACAGGACAUCCUGCCUGUCCGGUCUCCGUCUCCAUCUAUCUAUCUUGCUCCGAGAAGAGUGCGUAAAUUAUCAUUUGCUUUCGUCUCAGUUCUUCCGCGAAAGAGAAGUCGCUGCGGCCUAGCUUACUAUCUACUCCGUUCGGCGCCCUUGGCAUCCGUCUUCUUUGCAAUUCUAACUUCUAUCGCAGUCCAGUUCCAGCUAUCUAGAGACACACUUCCUUUUGUCCUGUUUAAUCCGUCUUUGCUCCUUGCGGCAACGCAACAACGAUUUCGCAUCACCCCGCGUCCCCCGCCCUGACGAAACAACAUCUCCCGCGUCGCCGUUCACGUCCGUGGAAGAUUCUAUGACCAACCUGGCCUGGACUCAGGAACGAAGUUAUUACUAGUCAGACAGACCCCACCGGUCUCGCAACCGCCUGAGAGUCAUACACGGACGGACGGACAGACGGACAGCUCGAAAGGACGCCGCAAAGCCCCCCAGCGAAUAGCUACCGGGUGAAAAGGACAGUUAGUUGAGAGCCUCUUGCGCUCUUGAAGACUUCCCGCUCACACGGACUUUUUUUGGCGACCUGGUUGCAUUUUGUGUCUAAUCAGCUGACUAAAACCGGUAGCGCUGUACCGUUGAUCGAUCCGUCAUAACGAUCGCAUGCGCUCUUCCACACGCCGACUGGGUUUCUCUGUUUCGAGAGAGGGCAAGACAAGCCGAAAGGAAGGAGAAGAAGGAUAGAAGAUAUAUAUACCUGACUGAGCGCUUCCCUGAAGAUGCCUCGAACACCGCCAUCCACCACAACAUCAUCGAGUGGCGGCGUACAUACCCCAGAAAGCCAAUACAGGAUCAUCCGAAAGAGAAACCGGGUGCCCCUCUCCUGCGGACCUUGCCGGCAUAGAAAACUGAAGUGCAACCGGGCGCAACCCUGCGAGAACUGCCUUAAACGGGACGAUGCUUCUUCCUGCACAUACGCUCAAGCGACUUCCCGGAAAAAGAACAUUCAAAAUCCCACGAGUCUAGAUGACAUGCAAAACAGAAUUGACCGGCUGGAGAGCCUGGUUCUAUCUUUAAUGACCAACGGCUCACAGUCCGCAGGUCCCGCUGCUGCCAUGGCCGCAAUUUCUGGUGACAGCAGCGCAGGCUCUACUCGAGCUUCGGACGAGCUGCCCAUUGCCGGUCUGGAGGAAAGCGAUACUGAACAGGUUACGAAAUCUUUUGGUAUUCUGAAAGUUGACAAUAACAAGUCUUACUAUAUCAGCGAUGCGCACUGGGUGACUGUGUUGAACGAUAUAGCAGAAGUCCGAAAUUACUUUGCGGCAAAUAAGAAACAGAUGGAGGAGCAAAUGCAGAAGGUCAGUGCGAUAAGAGAAAAGAGCCACUACCCAGGCACAGCCUUGCUCUUCGGUGCGAUGAAACCCGCCACGCGAGCAGAAAUCAUGUCCUCAUUCCCAUCGAAAUAUACGACGGAUAUCUUGAUAGCUCGCUUCUUCAAUUCCAGGGACCCCACAGCUUACCUCCUCCAUGGUCCAUCUUUCCAGAUCCAGUACCAUAAACAUUGGCAAGAUCCCUCGCAAACAUCCAUUGUCUGGAUCGGCAUGGUCUUGGUUAUGAUGCGGAUUGCUAUGCUUUCAUACCAGAAGGAAGAUGACACACCACCAGAGUUCCAAGGGAAAACUUUGGACAUGGCAGCGAGCUUCCGAACUCUCAUGGCGCAAUGCCUAAAUCUUGCUGAUUACACCAAACCAUACCGGUAUCUGAUCGAAUGCUUGACCCUUCAUCUCCAUGCAGACUUCCUUGAGACAAGAGAAACUGAUGUUUCUAUAUGGGUGCUGGUGGGUGUCAUUACGAGGCUAGCGAUGCGAAUGGGAUAUCACAGAGAUCCAAAAAUGUUCCCCAACAUCUCACCAUUCCAUGCUGAAAUGCGCAGGCGGGUAUGGACGUAUGUCCGACUCUCAGAUCUGUUAUUGUCGUUCCAAGUUGGACUUCCUGGCAUGAUACGUUCGGCGGACAGUGAUACCGAGAUCCCGCGAAAUCUAUACGAUGAUGACUUUGAUGAAGACUGCAAGGAACUUCCCCCUUCGCGUCCAUACAAUGAGCCUACGCCAAUAUCGUAUCUGGUUAUAAAAGCGCGCCUAAGCUAUGCCUUUGGCCGUGUGAUUGAACACACAUCUUCCGUUCAAAGUGGCUCGUAUGAUGUCGUCUUGGAAAUCGAUGCAGAACUCCGUCAAGCUAGGGAUUUAAUUCCUGAACAUCUCCAGAUUCCUCCUGUUGAGGAGUGGCAUCUGGAGCAGCCUGCCCUUAUCGCUGCCCGAUUUAAUACCAAUAGUAUUUAUCACAAGGCACAGUGUGUCCUUCACCGUCGUUAUCUUGUACGAGCUCGGGAGAACCCUCGGCUUGCCUAUUCGCGACGGACAUGUAUCGAUUCGGCCAUGGAGCUCCUACGAUACCAAUCUAUAAUCCAUGCAGAAUCCGGGCCUAACGGCCGGUUACCGGUCAAUUCUCGCUGGAACUCCUCCCUCACCUCUGCAGAUUUCUUACUUGCAGCCACUAUUGUUUGUUUGGACCUCUAUCAUGGACUCCAGCUGCAGACAGCCGGUAGGCCAUCUGGUGACACGUACGUCUGGGGCGAAGAGCGACAGGCGGAAAUGCUAGUCGCGUUACAGCGCUCCAGGGAAAUUUGGAAUGAUCUUCGUGAUGAGAGCAUAGAUGCUUAUAAGGCCGCCGGGAUUCUCGGGGUCAUGUUUGAAAAGAUGAACCUCGUGCUCACCAGCACUGAGCCCAACGCACCAACUACGUUCGAGCCGCAAGAUGAAAAGCAAAGUGCAGCGAUGACAUUGGGGCUUUUGAGCAGUGGGAUGACUCCUAUGAACGCAGCACCUACACCGUUUAGUGACCAAGGGAUGAAAAUGACCGAGCCGCCAUUAAUCCCGGGGGGGUUGGCGGCAGCAGUAGAGCUACCAGCAGCCCCUUCGCCCUUCAAUAGCAUGUUUGGCCAGAUGCCUGAUCUCCAGCUGAAUGUAGACUGGGAUGCUUGGGAUUCCUAUAUUCAAAAUUCGACUGUUGACUCUUCAAAUCAAUGGUGGCCAACUCCCAAUAUAUGAUUCCUUUCUCACAAAUGGGCACAAGGCGCAUCAGCGGCUCAGACUGCUGUUGAAGCCGGAGGCACCGGCUCUCCAUCCCUCAUUUCCUUCCUCCUGAGGAACCCCAUACGACUACAAGUCCAAAGCACUUGGCAUUUAGGAUAUCACUGGCGUUUUCAGGGCCACUUACAACACCUAUCCCCCAAAGCUGCUCAAGUAGCGCUGUCGUUGGUCGGCAAAGGGCUCUGUGACCCCCGUUUUUGCAUUUUCCCACCGAAUACUCUCCUCUCCGGCCGUCCUGGGUCUUUGGGUUAAAUGGGUCUUGAGGAUCUGUCAUUGUGCAAUUAAGUUUUCUCUCGAUAUGGAAGCGGGAAGGUUUUCAGGGUUAACGAAAAGGAAAAAGGAUCAUAUAUUAAUGUAUGAUAUGUCUUCCUGGACCUGCCUUGGGUUGGUGUCUUGGUUAUCACCCUUCUCAUUGAACAUAUUAGUAUAGAACGUAGUCCUGUACGAUUAGAUGCCGUUAUGAAAAAAGUGAAGAUUAUUUCUGGUGGCUAUGGGUUACAGGACUGGUUAAUCUUUUACAGAAAUAGCUGAGCUCGUCAAGAUUAGAAGACAACGAAGUGCAAUGACGACACUGUUCAUUGAGAUUAUAUAUUUAUGCAUGUAUUCCUACUUCAGUUGUAAUCUAUAACAC